AUGCCUACGCCGUGGUUGGACUCCUUUUCGACCGGCUCCACCUCGGUCUCAGUCUCGUCUUCCACCACGGGCUUCGCCCAUACCGGGCAGCUCUCACCCAUCAGCAACGCCGUGGACCAGCCGCGCAGGGUCGUCUCUAGUGCCGGCAGCCUCGCGUCUCCGUCUCAAUCACCCCCCGUUACCACCGGGCCGCACUCAUCGUCAUCGUCGUCAGCCCGGACGCCGUCUUGGCCCCUGAACUAUGCCGUCCCGGAGCAUAUCUCGGCCCACCACCACGGCCUGGACACCCACGAGGCGCAUCCCUACCAUGGCCCUUGGGAGGACGGCUCGGACGGCAUGUUGGCGGUCCCUAAGCUGGAGCCUCUCGAUGACGAUGAUUUCUGCAUGGAAGAUCUCCAAGAGGCUCCCUCGCCGCCUACUCCCACUCUCCUGGGUCAUCUACAAGGAGACCUAGAUGGACCGAAGCUUAAACGACCGCGAGGGCGGCCCCGGAAGCACCCGCUCCUUCCCCACCUUACCGCGAAUAAAGUCACCAAGGGUCGGUCCAAAACUGGAUGCCUAACCUGCAGGAAACGAAAAAAGAAGUGUGACGAGGCAAAGCCGCGAUGCAUGAACUGCGAGAAGAACGCGGUCGUCUGCGAGGGCUAUCCGGAGAAGCAGAUCUGGAAAAGCGGCAAGGAAAAGGCUGAGGAGGAACGCCUCAAGGGUCGCGGCUUUCCGUCUAUCACCAUGCGACCCCUUUUCCACGGUUUGGAGACUGCCGAAGACAGAAUCUUUUGGAAACACUACAACGAGCAUCUCAGCACUGUUCUCACCGUCGAAGGGGAGCAUAAGAACGCGUUCAAGGAUAUGAUGAUUCCCAUCGCGGUGAAACACCAAGGCCUCAUGCACUCCAUUCUGUCACUGGCCAGCAAACACCUCGAUCUCGAAACGCCAUACGGCCUCAACAUCUUGAAAACCAACCCCAGCACGACGGCCCAUGCACUAAAGGAGCGUUCCCUCUACCAUCAUCACCAGUCAAGACUCAAGUUCUACCAUGAUAUCGAGUCGACGAAUGUCACUUCUAAUACCGACGACAAGACGCUAGUUGCUGCGCGGUACGGUCAAAUGCUUUGCUUUCUCCUGGAAGCCCUUGUAGAGGGUAGCCCACGUGGUGAGCAUAGGCUACACCUUUCUGGUUAUCGCAACCUAGUUUCCACUUCCCCGCCCGAGGACUCAGACUUUCUGUCCUUCAUUGCCGAGAUAUUUCAGUACCACAUUUACGCCGAUGGACUUAUCCACGCAGCCGUCAAGAAAAACACACUGGACGCACCGCUCCCGUCCAUUCCGACCGUCCAUCAACCUAGGUUGAUCGGCGUUGCAGAUGGCCUGCUGGGCUUCCUGCCGCAGAUCACGGCCAUUCGCAACCGGAUCCGGAGUAAGGUGAUGGCGCAAGUGGAUGUCGCUGUUGAUUACGAGGAUUUGUAUCCAGCUUAUGACCUCGAUUGCGCCAUUCAGGAAUGGACCCCUCAAUGGCCGCCGGGCGACAACCGGGACCAAGUCAGCCUUUUGUACAAGCAGAUGUUGUGGAUCUAUCUCAACCGGGCCAUCUACCUACCCGUAUCGUCGCCCCCCUCGUCCAUGGCGUCCUCCGCCGCGUCUCUUUCCUUUAUCCACAGUUCCGCAUCGCACGGCCGGCCCCCCCCUUCGGCGGUAAACACGCCACCGAAGUCGGCAUCUACGAGUCGCGCCUCGUCCCCAAAGCUUACCAGUUCUGCCUUGGGACCGAUUCCCAAAUCCAGCCGCCCAAACUCGCGCCUCGGCCCGUUCUCUCGCCCUCAGCACAACCCGGUAACCAGCACCAGCAACAGCCAUGUUACGCAAUCCGGUGAAACUGCAGCUGCUGGAGGAAGCCGAGCCGAAUCACCGCCACCCGUCCGACGGCCGCCUGAUCUGGACCCGGAUUUGACGCAUGCGGUCGAGGAGUCACUAGCUCUACUUGAGUCAUUCAAGCCCAGCGACCCGUGCCAGACGCUUCUCCUGCUCCCAUGCUUCUUGAUUGGGACCGCAUGCUUCAGCCCUUCACAACAAAAGCGGGCACGGACGGCGCUCAAGAUAGUUAGGGGCUACACCGGGCUUCGCAAUGCAGACCGUGCCGGCGAGGUUCUCGACGAGGUCUGGCGCCUCAUGGAAGCCGGUGAAUGGAUCGCCGCGUGGGAUUGGCCAGGCAUUGCUGAGAGGCUCAACCUUGACUUCAUCCCUGCGUGA